GUGUGUUUUCCCCUGAUGGGAUUGUAGGUGCUGGAUUUGGAGCUGUGAGAUUCGAACAUGGGAUGUUGCGGGAGCACAGGGAAGAAGCGAGACUGGAAGCCGCUGGAGGAUCGUAAAUGUACAGAUAUCCCAUGGCUCAUCCUUUUUUUUCUGUUCAACGUCGGAAUGCUCUUCAUUGCCGGCUUUGCCAUAUCGACCGGCGCUGCCUCCAGACUUAUAUCAGGGUACGACAGCUACGGGAACACGUGCGGUCAAAAGAACAAAGAGAUUCCAGGGAUAGAACUCAGCGGCCGAGACCAAACUCAAAACAAGUACGUGUUUUUCCUGGACCCCUGUAACAUCAACAUCGUGAAGAGUAAGAUCAACUCGGUGGCGCUGUGCGUCUCCAGAUGUCCAGAGACGCAGCUGAAGACGUACGAGGACCUCAGAGCGUUCGCGCAGAGCAACGGUUCUCACUUAUGCUCGUAUGAACUGGAACCCAGCAGCUACCCCAGUGACCCGAACAAGGCCAGCAAGUGCCCCAAACUUCCCGUCCCUCCCAGUAAAUCGUUGCCGGUGUUCCAGCGCUGCACGCCGAGCGACAUCUCCUGCUACGCCAAGUUCGCCGAGGCCCUGACCACCUUCGUCAGCGACAACAGCGUCCUGCACCGGGUCAUCGCCGGGGUCAUGACCUCCAAGGAGAUCAUCAUGGGACUGUGCUUGCUUUCGCUAGUGCUGUCCAUCAUCCUGAUGGGGGUGAUCCGCUUCAUCUCCGCCCUGCUGGUGUGGCUCCUCACGGCCGUCGUGGUGCUCGGCUCGCUCGGUGGGACCGGGGCCCUCUGGUGGCUCUACGUCGAUCACCGGCAAUCUGUGAACGCCACCAUGCCUGCUAACGAGCUAGCCGUGGCUAAAGAUAACGAGAAGGCUCUGCUCAUCUACGCCAUCGCAGCUACAAUCUUCACGGCGAUCCUGCUGCUGCUGCUGUUCUUCAUGAGGAAGCGGGUCGCUCUCACCAUCGCCCUGUUUCGGGUGGCCAGCAAAGUUUUCGGAUACUUACCCCUGCUGGUGCUGCAGCCCUUCUGGACCUUCCUCACCCUCAUGCUCUUCUGGGUUUACUGGAUCGCCGUGCUGCUCCUGCUCGGCACCGCAGGAAGCCCGGUGAAGAACAAUCAGACCGACCUGGUGGAGUUCCAGAUGCACGGACCACUUCAGUACAUGGUGUGGUACCACGCCUUCGGCCUCAUCUGGAUCAGCGAGUUCAUCCUGGCCUGUCAGCAGAUGACCAUAGCGGGAGCCGUCGUCACCUACUACUUCACCAGAGAUAAAUCUCAGUUGUCCAUGACGCCCAUCCUGACGUCAGUUCUGAGGUUGAUGCGCUACCACAUCGGCACGGUGGUUAAAGGAGCUUUCAUCAUCACGCUGGUGGAGAUUCCACGUCUCAUCCUCACCUACAUCCACAGCCAGCUCAAAGGCCAGGAGAACGCGUGUGCCAGGUGUAUGCUGAAGGCGUGCGUGUGCUGUCUGUGGUGUCUGGAGAAGUGCCUCGCCUACCUCAAUCAGAACGCGUACAUAGCGACAGCCAUCAACAGCACGAGUUUCUGCACGUCGGCCCGAGACGCCUUCAUCAUCCUGGCUGAGAACGCUCUCCGUGUGGCCACCAUCAACUCUGUAGGAGACUUCGUUCUCUUCCUGGGGAAGGUGCUGAUCGUGUCGUGCACGGCGUUCGCCGGCAUGCUGUCGCUGAACUACCAGCGCGAGUACACGGUGUGGGUGUUGCCCCUCAUCAUCGUCUGCGUGUUCGCCUUCCUGGUGGCCCACUGCUUCCUGUCCGUGUUCGAGAUGGUGGUGGACGUCCUGUUCCUCUGCUUCGCCGUCGACUGCAAGUACAACGACGGCAGCCCCGGCAGCGAGUACUACAUGGACAAAGCUCUGAUGGAGUUCGUGGAGAGCAGCAUGAAGGCCGAGGCCGAGGAGAAGAGAGACGGCGGGAGCAGCCGAGAGAUGAAACCCAUGACUGGCGGAGGAACUCUGGCGUGAUGAAGACCGACGUCUGUAGACGAAAACCUAACAGGGUUCCACUGCACGUCCUCUUGGUGCUACUGAGCAGAUCCGACACUCCAGUACCUGCAUUUCCUGAGUGUAGUGAACGAUGCUGUAGAGGAUUUAAAACAUCUAUGCAUCACAAGUAUCGACUAUCGUUUUAUAUCGAUCAGAUCGUUAUCCAGACGAUUUUAUACGUUUUUUUAGACGAGUUUUUUUGUAACGGACAGGUUUUAGGGGUAGAACUGUUACUAAAUGUUACCGUGAUCUUUUUUUAUGGAUUUUUUUUUUACGUCCGUGUGUAGACGCCCGACCGGCUCACGGCGCCACCCGAGCGCUUCGUUCAUAUCAGUGCUAAUCAGCAAAUAAACAGCAAGUGUGUGAAAAUGUUCAGGAGCUUCAACUGUACUUAGAUCCUAAAAAUAGUCCAAAGGGUUUGGGGAAUUUUUUUUUUUAAAUAUCAAUACACUGUUUAGAAGUGCCCAGCUAGAACCAGAUUUUAAGAUACACUAUGUGUCCCAAUACUUUCGUCCAUGUCGUGUACAUGCUGUCGGAACCGCAGUUCUAUUGUUCUAUUGUGAUCUGAAAUAAAGUGUAACCAAACUUU